CGGGUAUCCAACGAAUAUGUGAGGAUCGGUCAUUGACCAGCGUUCCUGCAAUGGGACUUCCAAUGAGAAUGCCAACCCCCCCGCCGACCCAAUACAUGCCGGUUCGCGUACCUAUAACCGCUAGCGAUGGCGAGAGCAAGGGGACCAUCGCGCCCGGCAUUGCAACCACGACGCUUGAGACCAGCCCCCAGACGACUGACCACACAAUUAUUCCCGCGGUGGACUUAAACACCAUCCCCUCGGCAAUAGCCAUCUGCAGUCGCGUCUAGGGUCUUAGAAGAGCCAGUGAAUGAGAUGAACCCCAC